GUGUCGCUUUCCUUCUCACCCAAAAGAGAACGUGUCUUCAUUAUCGCGUAGCUAAUCAAAAGAUGGGCUCGAAGGAAAAUAGAACAAUGGAAGGCGUGUUGCCUGCUCCUGGAAUUUUCAUCAAACCAGAACCAGAAGAUCUGCCUGCAGUUCCGUCUUCUGAGUCUACGCGCCGCAUUUCGAAAAAUUCGACCAGCACCCCAACCAUCAAGGCCGAACCGAGUGAUUCGAAACGUGUUCUGUCAGAUAGGGGCACUACAGCCCCACGCAAUGUUGCUUUAAAAAGUCAACAUAACCUUUCUUCAUUGCCUGACAUUAAAAAAAUCAAAGCGGAACCAGAGCUGCCACACCGACAAGUUGUGAACCAGCCAAUGUUAUAUCAGCUCUACGACUCUGCCGACAAUAUUUCAUACACCCCUGAAGAUGCUCUUCAGGCAGGUCUCGGAAUGGUGAAGACUCUAAAGGCUGGAAUCGACAAGCUCGAGCUCGGUAGCAAGCUCCGAAAGGAUGUUUGGCUACGUGAAAUUGAUAGUCUUCUUAGUCAAGGUGCCCCUACAACAAUGAUAGCCAUUUGUGGAGCAACUGGGGCCGGGAAGUCUUCGAUACUAAAUGCGAUCUUGGACGACACUAUUGUCCCUACAAGUGGUAUGAGAGCAUGCACAGCCGUGGUCACGGAAAUUGCGUAUCAUGCCGCACCUACUAUCAAUGCGGACGUCUCAUUCCUUUCCGAGGCUGAAUGGAGAGCAGAACUUUCUGUUCUACUCGAUGACCUUGUGGACGAGGACGGUAAUUUGAAACGUACUACUGACCUACGGAGCGACGCGGGUGUCGCAUGGCAUAAGGUCCACGCAGUCUAUCCGUCCGUUGCACAGGAGCAACUUAUCCAUAUGACGGUUGACCAAAUUUUGGCCCGCGAUAAAAAUAUUGCUAACAUUUUGGGCACUACGAAGAAGAUAUCGGCGAAGAAUUCAACGAUAUUCGCACAGGAUAUUGCGAAAUAUAUCGAUUCCAAGGACCAGAAACGAGGGGGGAAGAAGGAUAAGACCAAAUCUUCUGAUAAUUCACUCAUGAGUAUGCUUUCCAAGGACAAGAACAAAGAGACGAAGAAGAAAGACCAUGGCCCAGCUCUAUGGCCCCUUAUUCGUCAAGUCAACGUGCGGUGUAACGCCCAAGCUCUUUCCACAGGCGCCAUUUUAGUUGAUUUGCCUGGUGUUGCCGACGCUAACGCGGCAAGAAAUAGCAUCGCAAAAGACUACAUGAAAAAGUGCGACUGCAUCUGGAUUCUGGCACCUAUCACCCGUGCAGUGGAUGACAAGACCGCCAGAGAUCUUCUUGGUGAAGCUUUCAAACUGCAGCUGAUGAUGGACGGCAGCUACGAUGCCCACACGAUUACGUUCAUUGCUAGCAAGUGCGAUGAUAUAUCUUGCUCUGAGGUCAUCCCCGCCUUGGGUCUCGAGGACGACCCUGAGCUAGAGGAAAUUGAGGGCCGCAUCGAACAAUAUAAAGAGGAGACUGCUGAGCUCAAAGAGAAAAAGACUGACACGGAGUCUUUGAUGAAAUCUAUCGACAAGGAGCUCAAACAGGUUCGAGCCUUUCUAAAUGAGUAUGAGCAACAUAAGACGGCACUGGAGAACGGCGAGACAUUUACACCACAGUUGACUUCAACCGCACACAAGAAGGCCAAGAGCGCGGGCAAGAAGCGAAAGAACACCGGCAGGGGGAAAUCUGGGUCACCCAAGCGCCACAAGGGCUUUGGGGACGACGACGACGACGAUUUUGAGAUGGAUGAUAUUGACGAUGAUAGUAGUGACAUCCACGUGGACGAUGAGGAUGAAGGGUCGGAUGAAGAGGAUGAGGACGACUCAGACGGGGAACAGGAUACACAGGACGAGCCAGAAGAGGAGGCCACGGUUGAGGUUCUCCAGGCCAAGAUUGGCGACGCCAAGGAAGCUAUCAAAGUUGGACGCGAACACCUCAACAACGCACGCAAGGCACGCAAGGAUGCGGUAGAUGCCCUCAGCAACCUCAAAAAGAAGGAGAUGAAAGCGCAGCGUGACAAGAACGCAUUCUGUUCUCUGAAGCGUUCAGAGUUCUCCCGCGAUGUCUUAAAAGAAGAUUUCCGCGUUGGAUUGAAAGAUCUUGAUGACGCCGCUGCCGAGGAACGAAAUCCAGAUUCUUUCGAUCCGACUCAGAAUCUACGCAAUUAUGAUGAGAUUGAUCUUCCUGUGUUCACCUGCUCAUCCCGUGACUACGUCCGUAUCACGGGACAAGUCGAGGGUGAUGGGGACCCGUCAUGUUUCUCUAAUAUCCAAGAUACUGGGAUUCCUGCCCUACGGCAAUGGUGCCACCAAUUGACCGUCAGUAGCAGGUCACGGGCUGCAAAGCAGUUUCACACUCACUUGAAGACAUUUGCGAACUCGGUGCGGGUUUAUGUCGAUGGCAUUGGUGAUGUGACAAUUGCAGACCGUGAAUCCCUUCGUGAAAAAUGGGAGUCAACACCACAGGAUCAGGAAAUGUAUGAUAGUGAUGAUGAAGGCAUGCCUUAUUGGCGCAGCUCACCUGAUCCCAUGAGCGCCCAUGCCUUCCAAGAAUUUCGAGGCAUGAUGUCGAAGGACCUGAUGGAUGCUAGACUUUUCUCGAUGAGCAACCAGUCAUCCCUAAAGGUGGAUGCCCGUGGCGAACCCAUAGGAGUGACUCCUCGGCUUGUGAAGGAAUUCGGUACACAUAUUGAAAAAAGCGUCUCGGAUUUGCAGGACCUGUUCCGUGAUGGUCUUGAAGAUAAAUGUCAAGUUGGAGCGACCAAUGCUGCCGAGGGUGCAGUUCAACACGUCGACGAGUUUGCGGGAUCCAUGCACUGGGCAACCUAUCGAGCCACACUUCGUCGUCACGGGUCUUGGCGCCGGGAUCUGAACGUCGAACUUCUGACACCAUUCACUCGAAACAUUGCUUCUUCCUGGUCGACGCUAUUCGAGUCUGAUCUAUUCGCCUCACUAUCCCGCGCCAUCACGGUAUGUAUCAAUAAGCUGCUCGCAGAUGUAGAGGCCAGCGCAGCAGCAGGACUCAAGGACCGUGUACAUGCACAAAGCUCUAUUUCGCAAGAGGAGGCGCGUCUCGCAUUAGGACAGACCAUGGAUGUCGUAAAGGAAGCGCUCGGAAAGGAGCAGAAGGAGAUAUCACGUUGUCUCGCCCCUCAUGUUCAAAACGAACUAACGGAGGGCUACAAUCUCGCCUUGGAAGAGCGAGGCAGAGGAAGUGUCGCACGACAAAAGACUGUGUUCCAUAACUACGUUGAUGGGCAUAAGCAUGAUGUUUUCGAUGGCGGGGCAGAGGUCCUGAUGGGUCGGCUGUCCGCUGCGGCUGAGACCAUUGGGAAGGCCCUCAACGAGACACUUCGAGAACUUGCGGAAAAGAUUGAAGUGUCGCUUGCCGUCCUCUGGGAAGGCACACGAGACGCCCCCGAUCAAGUUCGCGCUCGAUUGCAGAUUGUCCAGUCUGUGUCCGAGCUGCUCAAACAGUUGGCCAUGUGGUCCACGGCAGCGGAGAAGGCGUCUACCGCAUCCUAAUGGAUCAUUGUCACGUCGUUUCAUUUUACAGCAUACUGUCGGCUUCUCAUGCAAGGAAUGUUAGUGCUUUCGUUAACAAUACGUUAUCAGUUGUUCUGUAAUCUUUGUGCUUGGCAUUUCUAAGUACUGUUGUUGAUAUUCCUAUUGUACAUUCAACUAGUUAGCUUAUAGUUGUUGCUUUUAUUUUUACUAUAGUCAUGGAGCAAUC